GUUGAAGAUCCCUGAAAUGAGAGUUUGCUGAGCGCUGAAGAAGAGGAACAAUAACUUUGACACCUCUAUUUUGCCGAACCACAAUUCUUAUUGCAUUUGUUGUGUGCUUUCUAUUGUUCCACGAACAUUGUAGCAAUCGCUAAAGAUAAAUUAAUCCCGGCCCCUACCCUGCACACACAGGCCGCAACAUGGAGGAGAUCGAAUUACCAAAAUUAGAAACCGACCAAAAAUCAUAUGCAGGCAUCCCGGAGGCUGUGUUUGUGGACGAUGUGGAGCAGUACAUGAAAGAGUCCGGCAACGAGGAUAGCGUGGAAAAGGUGUUGAAAAACUUUGACGAACAGCACAGCAAGUACCGGUUCAUGGAAUACAACAUGGUAUCGCGCCGGAGGCGGCUGCGGCAGCAAAUUCCGGACCUGACGAAAAACCUCGAAAUGAUCAAGAACCUGCGGGAGCAAACGGACGACCAGGAAACGCAAUUUCUGCUCAGCGAGCAGGUGUUCGUCAAGACGAUCAUGCCACCGACGAAAACGGUCUGCCUGUGGCUCGGCGCGAACGUUAUGCUCGAGUACCCGCUGGACGAGGCGGAGGAGCUGUUGCGCCAGAACAAAAAGUCGGCCGAGGUGAAUCUGCGGUGUUUGGAGCAUGAUCAGGAAUUUUUGCGCGAUCAAAUCACCACGACCGAGGUGAACAUGGCCCGGGUGCACAAUUACGACGUGAAGAAGCGCCAGGCGCUGAAGGCAACGGGCGAGGACAAAGCGUAGACGGCGGAGCAAUUGGCUGGAAAAUCGCGAAGAAAUUACCGGGCGAAGAAGACGAGCUACAAAUAAAGCUGCAUUUCCGAGGAUACAUUAUCGUACCGCUU